AUGGCGCCUCGUCGCGGUGCGCACGCGGUCGAAGAUGAGGGGCCGCAGGAGCAGGAGGCUGGCCUCGUCAAGCUGCAGUUCGAUGAGCCCCUGUCCUGGCGCGCGGGAAAGGCCAUUCCCGCCAGCGAACUGCACCGCCGACUCGAUGCCCUCUCCAAGGAGCUCGUGGAUCUGGAGCAGGAGACCACCGAUAAGGACUCGGUCACUAAAGUGGCCAAGGAGCUCGUCUCCCACAACCUGCUGGGCCACAAGGAUAAGGGCGUCAAGGCAUUCACUGCCUGCUGCCUUGUCGACAUUCUGAGGAUAUGCGCGCCACACGCUCCCUUCACACACGCGCAGCUUAAGGACGUCUUCAGUCUGUUCAUCAAUUCCAUCCUCCCGGCCCUGUCCGACCCCUCACACACGUACAACGCCCAGCACAAGUACGUCCUGGACUCGCUGUCUGACGUGCAGAGCAUUGUGCUCUUGAACGAUGUCGAUAACAAUGACACUCUUCUGCUCAAUCUGUUCUCGUCGCUGUUCGACACCGUUUCCGGGAGCAAAUCGCCCUCGGGAGAUCGCAUCCCUGCCGACGUUAUACGGCGCAUGGGCGAGCUUCUCGUGACCCUGAUUGAAGAAGGGACCAACCUGCCGCCCAAGGUUGUCGAUGUCAUAAUGGCUCAGUUCCUUCGGGCCGCUGCUCCAGGCGGUCGAGACAGGCCGGCAGACGUCGACGAGAAUCAGUCUACACUGCUUCUCAAAGACGAGCCAGAGGCAUAUCAGAUGGCCAAGUCCAUUUGCAACAAUUGUCCCGAGAGGAUGUCACGAUUUGUUGCACAGUACUUCAGUGAUGUCAUCAUGGACUUCUCUGGCAUUACCAAUCGAUCUACUGGGCCACGGGGUGGUGCAGACUCGGACGACGAGGACAUGCUGGGUCCUUCAGAUGCAGACCUGAGGGAGCUCAGGAAGGCGCAUAAGCUGCUCCGUGAGCUUUGGCGAGCUGCACCGGGCGUCUUGCAAAAUGUCAUCGCCCAGCUGGACGCCGAGUUGUCAGCGGACAACGUGCAUCUGCGACAGCUCGCCACCGAGACGCUUGGCGACAUGAUCUCCGGCAUUGGAGCGGCCGGUCCGCCGCCACUACCUCACGUAGAUCCCGCCAUCUACCCCUUGCCCAGGCUUGCUGAUGAAGAUUCCCUGUCUCCGUCUACCAACGUCUUGACGACACCACGGUCACCUCAGUCCUUCGCCCAGACGCACGCGGGAGCCUAUCACAAUUUCGUGAGCCGCAAGAACGAUAAGUCGCCUGUGAUUCGAGCAUCCUGGACUCUGGCUGUGGGUUACAUCAUCUCGACCUCUGCCGGCGGGAUCGGGCUCAAUCGUGAGGAGGAGAUCAGUCUGGUUCAGGGCCUGGGAGAGAAGCUACUGGACAGUGAUGAGAAGGUCAGACUGGCCGCAAUCAAGGCCCUCGAAACAUUCAGCCUGCGAGACAUCGUUACAAAGAUCGCCCCCAACGGUGGCAUGCAAAAGGAAGGCUCCGUCCUCAAUAGCCUUGCGGACAGAUGCCGAGACAAAAGGUCAAAUGUCCGUGUUGAAGCCAUGGCUCUGCUGGGCAAACUCUGGGCGGCCGCCUCGGGCGAGUUGCUGGCCGGCAACGAUGCCGUGAGCGCGGCACUGUCUCCAAUCCCUCUGCGGAUUUUCAAGUGUCUAAUGACCAGCGAUCAUGAACUCAAUGUCCUCGUUGAUCGCGUCACCUUUGAGUAUCUGGUCCCGUUGUCCUAUCCACCGAGUAAGAAAGCUGGGAAGAGCGCGAACGGCGCCUCCCAGUCACAGACUGCCGCCGCGCCGUCUUUCGACGCAGACGCAGUGAGGGCGGAGCGUAUCUUGCUGAUGGUCAGGGAUCUUGACGCCGAAGCCAAGCGUGCCUUUUUCGGUUUUCAGGGGCGGCAGCAGAGUUUCGCCUCGAUCAUCCAGACGAUGAUCAAGGUUAUGGAGGCCUACAAUGGAGGAGUAACGGAAGGAAACGAAGCGCAAAUCCUGGGCAACAUGCAAAAGACCCUGGACUACCUUGCACAGUAUUUCCCUGACCAACCGAAAUUCAAGUCAGACCUUACCAAGUUUGCCAAGGCGAACGACCGCCGCAACUACCAGCUCAUCAAGUAUGUCGUCAGCCCGGAGUCCGACUUCAAGGUCAUGCACAGGGCGAUCAAGGAGUUGAUCAAGCGGCUUCAGGGCGCCAAUGCCGUCAUACUUGAUACCUUGAUCCCACUCCUUUACCGCUCUGGUUAUAUCAUCUUCAACCGGAGCCACAUCGCCAGCAUCCUUGAAUACUCGAAGUCGGACCAGAGUGGCCUCUCCGCCGCUGCCCAUGAGAUAUUGAACGAGAUGUCCUCGCGCAAUCCGGAGAUCUUCAAGACACACAUUGGCGAGGUUUGCAAGGACCUCGUGAGCCGUGCACCGACCGCAACCAAGCCGAACGAACCCGCGGUGGUCGAUACGUUGAAAGCCUGCGCUUCUUACGCCCACAAAUACCCCCAGGAGAUCCCGAGCGACAAGAACUUUACACAGACUCUGAUCAGCUAUGCUCUCUAUGGGCAGCCACCAAAGGCAGCCAAGUAUGCUGUCAACAUCCUUCUUUCCAAGAAGGACAACAAGAGUAUGGUCAAUGCCACCGAUCUCCUCCAAAAAGCCACAAAGGGCUGGAAGUACGGUUCGAAGAACUUCCUCAAUGCCUUGGCUGCCGUCAGCCAGCUUGAGUUGUUGGCAUCAAAGGUAGCCGAAGAGGCGGAUGACGAGAUCCUGGAUAUGACUGUCCAGAAGAUCCUCCUCGAAGUCCGUGGCGAGGCGAAAGAGAAGGGCCCGGAGUGGGUCGACGAUGCCGACCUCGACGAGGAAGGCCAGGCUAAGAUUCUCGCACUCAAGACGGUUGUGAACCGUCUCCUAGGCACUGAGGACUUGGAGGAUGCUAAGGUCAAAGCCAAGCCAGUGAUGAAGAUGCUGAAGGCCCUGGUGACCAAGAACGGAGAGAUCUGCAAGACCAAGGACACGCCCAAGCAUCACAAGACCCGUCUGCGUCUUUUGGCUGCGCAACUCAUCCUCAAGCUGUGCAAGCACAAGCACUUUGACGAGCUGCUGACCCCGAUGGACUUCAACAAUCUCGCAUGGGUGACACAGGACGCCCAUCCGCAGGUCCGCCGAGGCUUCGUUGAGAAACUACAGAAAUAUCUGGUCCAGGGCAAGCUCCGCCCUCGUUUCUACACGAUUAUCUUCCUCACUGCAUUCGAGCCCGUCGCCGAGUUUAAGCAGCGCAUCGAGACGUGGGUUCGUUCCCGGACCAACUACUUCCAGGCCCUGAAACAGUCGGUCAUGGAGGGCACUAUGGCGCGCCUGAUCUCAUUGCUCGCGCACCAUCCCGACUACAGUCCCGACCUCAACGAUCUUGUCGAUCAUGCUCGCUAUCUGGUCUUCUAUGUCAGCAACGUCGCAACGGAGGAGAACCUGGGUCUCAUCCACAAGUAUGCCGAGCGGGUGAAGCAGACGCGCGACUCGAUCGAUCCCGCUAAGAGCGAGAACAUAUAUGUGCUCUGCGACCUUGCGCAGGCCGUGAUCCGAAAGUGGCAGGAGAAGCGGAAUUGGCAUUUCGAGGCAUACCCCGGCAAGGUCGGUCUGCCGGUCGGCCUGUUCUCCGCGCUCCCAUCCCACGAAGCUGCGCAAGAAAUCGCCGAGAAGCAGUACCUCCCAGAGGGUAUGGAUGAGAAGCUGGACGAGCUUCUCCGUGCUGCCGAUCGCAAGCAGAAACGCAAGUCCAUGGCUGAGCGUGGCGAGUCACACCCCCCUGCCAAGAAGGCCAGGACUAUCGCACCCAAGCCGGCCCGGGCGGCGGAGAAGCAGCGGAAGCUGACCACCACCAAGGCCAAGACGCCAGCCCGCGUCAAGAAGGCCCCGGCGGCCUCGCCGACCGUGCCCGAGUCGGAGCGCCGGCGCAGCGGACGCGCCAGGGGAGGGGCGAACCAGUCGUACGUGGAGCGCGACUCGGACGACGACAACGACGAGAUGCUCGAGGGCGUGGCGGAGUGGGCCUACGAGGGCGAGGAGCAGGAGGGCGACGCGUCGGAUGCCGGUUCUCAGUCCGCGGCCGAGGACGCCCCUGAGCCGAUGGACGAGGAUAGCAAGGAGGAGGAGGAGGAGCAAGUUGAAGAUGCAGAGGAGGAUGAGGAUGAGGGUGGGGAUGAGGAGGAGGAAGAAGCAGCGCCACCCAAGAAGGCAAAUGGGCGGAGGAGUAGGACCGCGGCAGCCCCGGCCAAGUCAAAGGCGGCUGCACCGGCUAAGGGGAAGGCUCCGGCAAAGGCGGCGGCGCCUCCUGCUAGGAGCGGAAGGUCGACGCGGAGGGCGGCCAAGGAUGCGUACGAUAUGGAUGAUUGA